UGACUUAUGGGAAGGGAAUUUUAUGCAACUUCCGUUUAACUUAAUAACAGCCUGUAACUUACUCCUGUUUAUUCACAUGUUUUUUGGCGAAAUAGAUUAUAGAUCUAGAUCUACUUCUAUUUGAAUAUCUUUCUAUCGUAAGAAAUGCCUAAAAAUAAAGGUAAGGGAGGUAAAAACAGAAGAAGAGGUAAGAACGAAAAUGAAAAUGAAAAAAGAGAAUUGAUCUUCAAGGAAGAAGGUCAAGAAUAUGCCCAAGUCACAAAGAUGUUGGGUAAUGGUAGGUUAGAGGCCAUGUGUUUUGAUGGAGUCAAAAGAUUAUGUCACAUUAGAGGAAAGCUAAGAAAAAAGGUUUGGAUCAAUGGUGGUGACAUCAUUUUACUUGGUCUCAGGGACUAUCAAGACACAAAAGCUGAUGUGAUCUUAAAGUACACAGCAGAUGAAGCUCGUAACUUGAAAGCUUAUGGAGAGCUUCCAGAUUCUGCUAAAAUCAAUGAAAACAACUAUGAUGAUGAGAUUGAUGAAAACAUUACCUUUGAUGGUUUUGAUGAUGAUGAUGAUGAAGAUGACAUUGAUGAAAUCUAGCAGAAGUGAGGUUUCUUGUAGUAUUCUUUUUUUUUUUUUUUCAAUCAUACAAGCAUAAAAAGAAAUCACAAACAAUUUUGACAUCAUUUAUGCUGUACUUGUUUUGUGUGUGUAUGAUUUUUUAAAAAUAUAUUUUGUUCUCAUAGUUGGUUAAAGCACUUUAUUAUUAUUAUUUUUUUUUUUACUACUGCUAGGUUGUUGUUUUUUUUUAAUCAGCUUGAAAAAUCUUUUACAGUUAAAGUCUUGUUGAACUUGUAGAAAUGAUGUCAACAUUCUUCUCAUUGCACAUUAAAAACAACUUUUCUGAUCAGAAUUUUACAAGCUAUUUUUACCUCUACUUUGAAUCUAUUUCUCCAUUACUGUCUUUUUAAAACUUUUUCAAUAACUAGCAAGUUUAUACAAUUGAACAUGGUGAAAACAUCUUGCAAUCAACUGCAUUUCAUUUCUAACUGUAAAUAAGUAUCAGCUGGAAACUUUAAAGGAUGUUAUUUGUUCUCAUUGUUGGGAGAUGGGUAAUACUGCAUACUAAUUGGUUAAAAGGAAACCUAAUAAGAAAUGUGAUUUGUAAUUUGCUAGUUACACAAUUGGGACUGAACAUUGAACACAUGUACAUACAAAUAAAAGUCAUUCAACUUGAA